CUCGACCCCGGCGUGGUGCGCAGGCGCAGUCUGCGCGGGGCCUGGCGGGACUGUGCGGCGGCGACUACAGACCUGUCGGGGGUCCGGGGCCUGUCGUGGAUGCUGAGCGCUCGGCGCCUGGUGCGGACCAAGGCGCAUUUGUUCCUUCAGGACACUAACCCUCUGGAUCUGUGUCUUCUGUGUCUCCAGUGGCCAACAGUGUUGCAAACAGAAACCCGAGGUUUUCACUUCACUGUUGGGAACAAGAGGGCAUCUGCUAAAGUUUCAGAUUCCAUUUCUGCUCAGUAUCCAGUAGUGGAUCAUGAAUUUGACGCAGUGGUGGUAGGCGCUGGAGGGGCAGGCUUGCGAGCCGCAUUUGGCCUUUCUGAGGCAGGGUUUAAUACAGCGUGUGUUACAAAGCUGUUUCCUACCAGGUCACACACUGUUGCGGCACAGGGAGGAAUCAAUGCUGCUCUGGGGAACAUGGAGGAGGACAACUGGAGGUGGCAUUUCUACGACACCGUGAAGGGCUCCGACUGGCUGGGGGACCAGGAUGCCAUCCACUACAUGACAGAGCAGGCCCCUGCCGCUGUGGUCGAGCUAGAAAAUUAUGGCACGCCAUUUAGCAGAACUGAAGAUGGGAAGAUUUAUCAUCGUGCAUUUGGUGGACAGAGCUUCAAGUUUGGAAAGGGUGGGCAGGCCCAUCGGUGCUGCUGUGUGGCUGAUUGCACCGGCCACUCACCAUUGCACACCUUAUAUGGAAGGGGUCUCCGAUAUGAUACCAGCUAUUUUGUGGAGUAUUUUGCCUUGGAUCUCCUGAUGGAGAACGGGGAGUGCCGUGGUGUCAUCGCACUGUGCAUAGAGGACGGGUCCAUCCAUCGCAUAAGAGCAAAGAACACUGUUGUUGCCACAGGAGGCUACGGGCGCACCUACUUCAGCUGCACAUCUGCCCACACCAGCACCGGCGACGGCACGGCCAUGAUCACCAGGGCGGGACUUCCUUGCCAGGACCUAGAGUUUGUUCAGUUCCACCCCACAGGCAUAUACGGUGCUGGUUGUCUCAUUACGGAAGGAUGUCAUGGAGAGGGAGGGAUUCUCAUUAACAGUCAAGGCAAAAGGUUUAUGGAGCAAUACGGCCCCGUCGCAACGGACGUGGCAUCUAGAGAUGUGGUGUGUCGGUCGAUGACUCUGGAGAUCCGUGAAGGAAGAGGCUGUGGCCCUGAGAAAGAUCACGUCUACCUGCAGCUGCAUCACCUCCCUCCAGAGCAGCUGGCCAUGCACCUGCCCGGCAUUUCAGAGACAGCCAUGAUCUUCGCUGGCGUGGACGUCACGAAGGAGCCGAUCCCUGUCCUCCCCACUGUGCAUUAUAACAUGGGCGGCAUUCCCACCAACUACAAGGGGCAGGUCCUGAGGCACAUGAAUGGCCAGGAUCGGAUUGUGCCUGGCCUGUACACCUGUGGGGAUGCCGCCUGUGCCUUGGUACAUGGUGCCAACCUGCUCGGGGCAAACGCAAUGUUGGACCUGGUUGUCUUUGGUCAGGCAUGUGCCUUGAGCAUCGAAGAGUCAUGCAGGCCUGGAGAUAAAGUCCCUCCAAUUAAACCAAAUGCUGGGGAAGAAUCUGUCAUGAAUCUUGACAAAUUGAGAUUUGCUGAUGGAAGCAUAAGAACAUCGGAACUGCGACUCAGCAUGCAGAAGUCAAUGCAAAAUCAUGCUGCCGUGUUCCGUGUGGGAAGCGUGUUGCAAGAAGGUUGUGGGAAAAUCAGCAAGCUCUACAGAGACCUGAAGCACCUGAAGACGUUCAACGGGGGAAUGGUCUGGAACACAGACCUGGUGGAGACCCUGGAGCUGCAGAACCUGAUGCUGUGUGCGCUGCAGACCAUCAAUGGAGCAGAGGCGCGGAAGGAGUCACGGGGCGCGCACGCCAGGGAAGACUACAAGGUGCGGAUUGAUGAGUACGAUUACUCCAAGCCCAUCCAGGGGCAACAGAAGAAGCCCUUUGAGGAGCACUGGAGGAAGCACACCCUGUCCUAUGUGGACGUCAGCACUGGGAAGGUCACUCUGGAAUAUAGACCCGUAAUUGACAAAAGUUGGAACGAGGAUGACUGUGCCACCGUCCCCCCAGCCAUUUGCUCCUACUGAUGAGACAAGAUGCGGUGAUGACAGAAUCAGCCUUUGUAAUUAUGUAUAAUAGCUCAUGCAUGUGUCCAUGUCAUAACUGUCUUCAUGCGCUUCUGUGCUGCAGGGAAGAAGGAGUACAUUGAAGGGAGAUUGGCACCCAGUGGCUGGGAGCUUGCCAGGAACCCAGUGGCCAGGGAGCGUGGCACUUACCUUUGUCCCUUGCUUCAUUCUUCUGAGAUGAUAAAACUGGGCACAGCUCUUAAAUAAAACAUAAAUGAACAAA